AUGGACCUGUUCCUUCGACCUGUCCCAUCAGUCGUCAAGCUUCCUUCAACAUUCGAUAAUGGAUCAACAGAAGUUAUACCAACAAGGCUUCCAUCAGCUCUAACUGAGGUUGUUGAUGAGAUUCCUGCAAGGUUUUCGGAUAUCACAUUUAAUCAUUUGAGGAAUGUUAAGUUUUAUGAUGUACUAUUAGAAGAGGGUAAAAUGCAGCUUAAUAAGGUUUUAUUGGCAAAGUCUCCAGUACUGGUGAAUAUGGUAAUCAAGCCUUGUCAAAUGGAAACUAAUGAAUCUCUCAAUGUACUCGUGGAGAUAACAAAGUCUCAACGGGCAUCAUCUAAAGCAGUAUUUGUGUUGCCUAACUUCUUUUUUAAUUAUUCAGCAUUGAGGCAUUUGUAUCUCAAGGAAUGUGAUAUACAAAUUCCAUGUUUCUUUAAGGGAUUUAAUAAGUCGAUUAGGCUAAUAUUGAAAUAUGUCACGUUAUCUUCUGAUACGUUUAAAAGUUUGAUAUCUAAUUGCCCGAUGCUUGAGGAUUUGGUGCUAAAAGACAUUGACAAUCUGUGCUUCAUGAGUAUUAAUGCUCCGAAGCUAAGGUCAUUUGUCUUUCGUGGCGAUAUACAAUAUAUACAUCUUGAAAAUGUCUUUGUUCUUUCCAAUGUUCUAUAUAAGCCUAGAGAAUUAGUUCUAGAGGACGAAGAUGAUUUUGUCAAUAUUUUUUCGUCUAUUCCUGCUCUCGAGUGUUUCAGCUGGGAUCUUUUUGAGGUCGAUAAUGGAUCAACUAAAGUUAUACAAACAAGGCUUCCAUCAGUUCUUAACUGUCUGAAAAUCCUAUUCAUGUCUUGGAUUACUCUUGGAGUGUUUUUUGAGCUUUCGUUUGCUCUUUGCAUAAUACGGAGCUCUCCAAAUUUGGAAGAAAUUGAAAUUAAGGAAUGCAUCCUUAGUGAUGGAGAUUAUUUCGUAUGUGUGACCCAGGAGGUUGUUGAUGAGAUUCCUGCAAGCUUUUCGGAUAUCAAAUUUAAUCAUCUGAGAACAGUUAGGUCUUAUGAUGUACUAUUAGAAGAGGUUGAAAUGCAUCUUAUCAAGGUUUUAUUGGCAAAGUCUCCAGCACUGGUGAAAAUGGUAAUCAAGCCUCGUCAAAUGGAAACUAACAAAUCUUUGAACGUACUCGCGGAGAUAACAAAGUUUCAACGGGCAUCAUCUAAAGCAGAAGUCGUGUAUUUUGUUGAUUAG